AUGAAAUUCGCAUCAAUUUUUGGUGUCUCCGCCGCCCUUAUAGGGUCUGCGCUUGGGACAACUAAAAUUCCUGGAUCUUGGUUCCACGAUGAUGAUGGAUUUGGCAAGGGUCACAAGGCUGCCAUGGCUGCUGUGCCUAUGUUCCAUUUUGGCCGUCCUCAUGGCGCAAAUCCAUGCUACCCUGAGUCGGCACAGAUCAAUGGCAACCAAGUCGACGGUAAUGAUCCAGACUCGGGAAACUGGUCAAAUCUUGGCAGGGGGUGCGCUGACCCCGGCCCGUGGAUUAAUCCUAAGAGUGGUGGUCCGGGGCAAGGAAACCCUUUCCCAGUGUAUUACACUAUCAACCAAUGCAAGGAUCAUGAGUUCCGUGUGACCUACAGUAUUUACUUCAAGCAUGAUUCCGGACACAAGAGCGACUGGGAGGUAGUAUCGGUUGUUUGGCAGGGAGAUAGCAACAACAUGUGGACUAGAAGCCAACUCAUGUUGGGCCAGCACGGCGGCUACGUAACAAGGAACUGGGGCGACAUUCAGAAUACCUUCAACGACUCGGGUGAUAAAAGCACGAAUGGGGCCAAGAACCGUGAUCACGCUAAAGUCUACGUCGGUGCCUUCUACCACGCCAUCUUCGACACCCGCAAAACAUCUAUCGAUACCGCUGAUCCUGCCGAUAAACAAGCCGAGUUCCGUUCGAACGACUGGUUCAUCUGGCCCUGGGACAGCCUUGUUCAGUCCGGCUCACUCAUUCACUCGGACUGGGUUUGGGGAAAGGCGGACACUAACCCCCCUACUCUCAGCAACUCAAACAAGGGCCAGUACAUCUGCAAGCACUGA